AUGCCAUCUCCGGAUGAGAAGAAGGAACUAUCCAAGUCCAGUACAUAUCAUACUGGAACAGACAAAGACAAGGUGGAGGGCAAGGGCAAGCAUCCACAUCUGCAAUACAUUGGUUCGCCUCUACUACCAUUCACACUCAUUGCCACUCACUUCAAGACCACCAGAAAGAGUAAGACUAACAUGAAAGCUCAGCAUCCCAGUCCUAUCUCAGAGGAACCAGAUAUUGACAUUGAGAUGGUUGAUGAUGCUUGUGCACUAACCAGCACUGGUCUUCCUGAUACUGCUCCGGAUGCAGUACCUGCAGUAUCCGCUGAUGAUUUUCCUGUAGAUUAG